AUGAAACUUGUUUUAGGUAAUGGACUUGUCAACCUUUCCUGGGAAUACAUGCUCCUGUUUAGCAUUUUGCUAUAUUUUAUUUUUACGCAACUAAUAUUCGUUUUCGAAGACCACAGCCUUGCUAAGAAUUUAAAAGUCAUACCAUCGGAAGUAAUUAAUGCAUUGUUUGAUAAUUUCAAUAAAAAUUUGAAUUUCGAUAAAUAUGCUUACGUUCAGUAUGCAACUGAUUUCGACUACUUGAACUUGGCAAUAAUUAAUUUUAUUGUCUUGAGAAGGUCUUCCACUAAGAUACCGAACUUGGUUGUAUUAUUUAAUAGAGCCUUACAAGAAGAUAAAAAUCGAUUCGACGGCCUCAGAGAUCUUUCUCUACGAUAUUCUGUUACGUUGAAGCCUAUCCCCAUUAUUGAAAAUGUCAAUGCCGAAAGUCCGACAUGGUCAAAAUCUUUCACUAAAUUUCACAUAUUUAAUGAAGUUAAAUACGAUCGUAUUGUCUAUUUCGACGCAGAUUCCAUGCUUCUCCAUACGCAAUGGAAUGAUAAUUCAAGUAUUGUUAACAAUGAAUCCAAUGUUCCCGAAAACCUCGAUGAAUUGUUUACUAUACCUGAAAUAAUCGAUAUAGCUUUGCCACAAGCGUAUUGGCUAACUAAGCAUACUAAAGCUUCAGGAAAAAUUAAGGCUCCAGACGGAAAGGGGUAUCAAGACGAGAUAACCGCAUUAAUCAAUGAAAUUUCAAAGUCCGUUAAUGAUAGCUUAGUUUUUGAAAAGCUUCCAUCAUUGUUAGUUCAAAGUCAGAAGCUGAACCAUAGGAAUAAUUUUUUUGCAACACAUGUUAUGGUAGUUAAACCUUCGAAUGAAAUAUUUAAUGAAUUAAAGAAAUACGUUCAUAAUCCUUGGCUUUGGUCACUUCACAAGAGACAUGCAUUAAGGAAUAAAUCUGAUUAUGAUAUGGAGGUUUUGAACAAGUUUAUUGAUAAUGUUUUACAAGAAAACGAAAAUUUCAAAGUUGGAAUAUUACCACAUAAAGUAUAUGGUGUAUUGACAGGAGAAUUUAGAGAGUUACUGCAUGAAUCGUUUGUCUCCGAGGCUCAAUUCCUACCAUUUAUCACCGGCGAAUUGAAUGAACAAUGGCGACCUAUUGAAAUUAUACGAAAUAUAAAAUUGAUUCAUUUCUCUGAUUCUCCUAUACCUAAACCAUGGGAGGGCAUGAAUAAUUUUCAUUUCUACAAUAAAUUUAGGAUAUAUUGCCAUGAUGCCGGUUUUGAUGCUGAUUUAUUUAAUUCAUUAUUCCCAACAUCGUGGAAGCCAAGACUCACCACCGACUGUGAUAGUGUGAAUAUUUGGAAUUGGAUCAUGGCAGAAUAUCAAAAAUUGCACAAUGAAUUAUGGAUGGUGUAG